AGGGAGUCCCUAAACACUGCUAGUGUCUGCUGUUAGUCAUUCAUAUGAUGGGCACCCUUGUGAGAUUCACUAAUUAGAACUAUGAGAUAAUAAUACCAGUCACACAUGUAAACCUAUUCAGAAUAUAUUUAGCCAUACAACCAGUAAAAUCCACUGUUUUGGCUAGAUUUCUUUCUAUCGGUUUUUUUUCUCUGGUUUCUCAUGGCUCUGAGGCUAAAGCGAAGGCGAGAACUGAGCACACUGAGGACUGAGGAGAGCAGAGCACGCUGGAGAUCAACUGUUAUCACCGUGUGCUGUGUGCUAGUGAUACUAGCGACCUUGAUAGUGGGGUUGUAUUUUAGUAAGAAUCUAUUGCCAUGCCAUUCUCCUUUCUCUGCCAUCUUUAUUUUUCUUCAUUCCGUUAAGAUCUUGAAUAGCAAGUUUUUCUUCUGCUCUGGCUCACUGAGGUUCAUUUCAAUAGAAAAGGCAUGUGAUGGAAAGGCUAACUGUGCAGGCGGUGAGGAUGAAAUCACAUGUGUAUCCAAACUGUGGACCAAUGACACGUAUCCAGUGAGGCUGAUGGGGGACAGACUGGUCCUGCAGGUGUUCAGUAAUGAGGGUGGAUGGAGAACAGUGUGUGCUGAUAACUGGAGGACAAAGCACACGCGGUUAGCCUGUCAACAACUGGGAUAUACAGUGAGUCCACGAAGUACACGAAUCCCGGUAAGGAGUCUGCUCUUCAACCCUCAAGAUGCAUUUGCUACAGUCAGCAAAAACUCCACACACUCUGACAUCCAGAGUUUCCUCUCAGUCAGUGACAGAUGUUUCUCUGGCUCAGUGGUGUCUGUGUCCUGCUCAGACUGUGGGGAGGUGGUGGGAGAGGACCGUAUUGUUGGUGGGCUGGACACAGCAGUCGAACACUGGCCGUGGCAGGUUAGUCUUCAGUGGAACCACCAGCAUGUUUGUGGAGGAGCAUUACUGUCCAAGCACUGGGUCAUAUCAACUGCUCACUGUUUCACAGGCCGGACACGAGAGCUGAGUCCAUGGACUGUGGUGUUGGGUCAGACCGAAGUGGCGGGAUCCAGGGGUGUCAGCGUGGAGACUAUUGUUGUCCACAAUAACUACAGUCGCUUGAGUAAUGACUUUGACAUUGCUAUGCUAAAACUCACUUGGCCUGUCACUGUUGGGGACUCAAUCUUGCCAGUUUGUUUACCCCCACACCAGCUGUCUAUGAAGGAGAUGCUUGUGGUGACUGGAUGGGGAUUGCUCAAGGAGAAAGGUGAGCUGCCCUCUGUGCUGCAGAAAGCUUCAGUGCCCCUGAUUGACAGGUCCGAGUGUUCCAAGCCCUCUGUUUACGGUUCCGCCAUUACUCCCAGAAUGCUUUGUGCGGGAUUCCUCAAAGGAAACAUAGAUGCGUGUCAGGGGGACAGUGGGGGUCUGCUAGUGUACCUUUCAUCUCGUUGGCAGUUAAUGGGUAUAGUGAGUUGGGGAGUGGGCUGUGCACGUGAGGGAAAACCUGGAGUUUACACUGAUGUUAGUCAACUUCUCAACUGGAUCUACACUGUAAUGGAGAGACAGCCGUGAGAAAGUGAACCAUGGACGCAUAACUUCAUGCUUUUGUGACACAGGAGGAAAGACAUAUCUCCUCAGAGUACAGAAAUCAAUGUUCUUGAAUCUAGAUAUUGUUCAAUUUUAUAGUUAUUUUGACACGUAUGUCAAAACAUCAUGCUUUUUUUUGUCUCACUAUUCACAUUUCCUGUAAGUCUACUGUAUGUUCAUUCUAAGGCUGUUAAAGUACUUUAAGUGUUUUAAUUUUUUUUUCUGACCAAAAGCAUUUAGAAAGCAAAAAAUAAAUAAAAUAAGGCUCUUACUUGAUGCAUUUACUAAUCCACACAUCAAUAAUCCAUUACUAAUGCACACAUCACAACCUUUGUUUUAUCUAAAACAUUUUAUUUUAGUAGCUGCUUAUUAUAAAGAAAUACAAUAUGCAUGACUGUGCAGUCCAAUGGGGAAUAACAGGCCUGCACACUGGCUUA